UGCUGCAAAGCUUGGACUAGUGAAUCUCAGUGCUGAACGUGCAUCCAGCAGUGCAGAUGGCUCCACAGACUGGCUCCACCAAAAAGGAGACACGACCUAUUCCAGCCUUUCUACAGCUUUUCACUUGGGAGGAGAUCAGAAUCCGCAAUGGUCAUGGCCAAGGUCGGGAGCAGUGGCUGGUGAUUGACAGGAAGGUUUACGAUGUCAGCGAGUUUUCCAAACGGCACCCUGGAGGAAGCCGAGUUAUGAGCCACUACGCUGGGCAAGAUGCUACGGAUGCCUUUGUAGCAUUUCACAAUGAUAAGGCUCUGGUGAAAAAAUAUUUGAAAUCUCUGCUGAUCGGGGAGUUGGCACCAGAUCAACCCAGCUCUGAGCCUAAUAAAAAAAAAUUGCUUUUAGAGGAUUUUCGUGAGCUGCGCUGCACUUUUGAGAAGAUGGGACUUCUGAAGCCAAAUCACAUCUUUUUCUUUCUGAUUUUCCUUCACUUCCUGAUAUUGGAUGCUGCAUCCUGGCUCGUAGUCUGGUACUUUGGGAUAUCCUCAGUGCCUUUCUUUGUUGGCAUCGCACUGUUCACCAUUGCUCAGAUCCAGAUGUCCUGGUUCCAACAUGAUUUAGGACACUGCUCUGUCUUCAGGAAGCCUAAAUGGAAUCGAAUGCUGCAGAUGGUUGUGAUAAAUGUUCUGAAGGGGUUACCUGCGAGUUGGUGGAAUCACCUGCACAACCAGCACCAUGCCAAACCCAACUGCUUCCGCAAAGACCCUGAUCUCAACAUGCACCCUCUCCUGUUCAGCUUGGGGAAGACACUCUCUGUGGAGCUUGGGAAAAAGAAGAAGAAGUUCAUGCCUUACAAUCAUCAGCAUAAGUAUUUCAGCCUAUUGGCCCCAGCUGCACUUGUGCCCUUCUUCCAGGUGUCUAUAUUCUACUUUGCAAUCAAGAGGAAAAAGUAUUUGGAUCUGUUAUUGAUGGUAGCUUUCUACAUCAGAAUCUGUCUCAUGUAUAUUCCUUUAAUGGGAUUUAACAAUUUCAUGGUGUACUACUGGCUGUCCAGGUACCUGGAGAGCACCUGGUUUGUUUGGGUCUCACAGAUGAACCACAUUCCAAUGAACAUUGAUUAUGAUAAGAAUGAAGACUGGGUAUCUACUCAGCUCCAUGCAACAUGCAAUGUGAAGCAAUCCAUGUUCAAUGACUGGUUCACUGGGCACUUGAACUUUCAAAUUGAGCACCACCUUUUCCCCACGAUGCCUCGACACAACUACUGCAAAGCAGCUCCUCUGGUGAAAGCCCUGUGUGAUAAGCAUGGCAUUGAGUAUAAAAACAAGACUUUACUCACAGCCUUCAUGGACAUUUUACACUCCCUGAAGGAUUUUGGGGAACACUGGCUUGAAGCCUAUCUGCAUGGAUAGAAACUGGCAGCUCCUAAGAGGACCUCUUCACCAGCUGACUUCUGCAAAGGGUCAGCACAGACCGAGAGAGUGUGUGUGCCCUCUUGUGAAAAGACUGGGGAGCUGGGCAAAUUUCAGUACAAAUGGGGAGAAAGUGGGCUAAAGACACAUUUUUCCUUGUUCUGAACAGUGAACCUCUAUUUUUAUUGCUUUCAAACUCAGCAUUUAGAGCCAUGGAGCCAUGAUGAAUGGGACCUUUAAAACUGGGAAAAGUAGCUCUUGUAUUGACUUGAUCGGGGGCUGAAACUGGACCAGCUCUUACCUUAUAGAAGAAGUUUAAAAGGAAGUUUUUAGUAUUUUUGGCUCAGUGGAUCAGUGAAUAUGGGCUACGGCAAAGCAAACUGCAGGAAUUCAGAGCACUUUGAGGGGGGCGGAUUUUUAAGGGAUAUUUUAGAAUAGAUAAAAUAAGCAUGUAAAGAAAAAGAAGGUCUCCGGUAUGAUGGCAUCACUAGCGGCGAUAUGUACACCACUUGCUCUAACUACUUACUUAGGUGUUACAGCUAGGACUGUUCAUGGAUUGCACAGGGAGCCAGAUAACUAGAUGCUAAGUUUCACAUCUAUAACAGCUGGUUUGAAUGGAGUCCAAAGAGUAUGUAUAGUAUGUAUUAUUUUUAUAUAUAAAUAUUUUUAGUCGAGUGGUGAGUGUGCUGUCUGAUUUACUUUCUCCUAUGAUGCAUCAUACAAUUUUGCUGGUAUUAUACUUCUGAAUAGGAGGCCAGAACUCAGGGAGAGGUUUUAUUUAGAUAAAUCUUUAGCAUACCCAAGGAAACCCCUAUGAAAAUUGUGAAGCCAUUACUAUGCACUACUUAUUAUUUUUAUGAGUGAAAAAGAGCAUGUAAGAUACAUGAAAUGCUGUUUCUGUAAUGAGACAGUUCCAGGUAUGUGUGAUGUACCAUUUUGAUGUAAGGUAUACAAAUUAAGCUGUUCUUUAACAUUAAAGCCUUAGGGCAAUACUUGCAAAAAACCUUGAGUGUCUUGUGACCCUGAGCUCCAUCUUCAAUAUAGUUUAGCACUUAGGGUCAUAUUUUUAAGAGCAAGUGAAUGUAUAAAAAUGUGAAUUAGUGCCUAGUAAGAGAUACAGAGCAUCUACUUCAUGAAUUAUUAAUUUCAUUAGACUGACUUUGAUGACACUGAGGAGCAGAUCCAGAUCGCAAGGAUAUUAAUGGCACUCUUGCUUUUAUUGACUUUUAUAUGUAUUAAUUUUUAUCCAAAUACUGACCGCCUAGUGCUUUCAAGGAUAUGUGGAUAUCUACAUCAGCUGUUAAGCAACUAAGUACAUUUGUGGAUCUGUUCCUAUAUCCAGAAAACGAAUGAAAUCAUACCUAACUUAGUCCUUCCAUGCAGACUUCUUUGGUCCUUGCAAACUUUUUCUCUGUUUCUGCAUCCCCAAGAACCAACUCUCACAGGUUUUGUACUUGUGCUGAGCUGCUUGGCCACAAGAAAGACCGAGCCUUCCUACUGGUUGUCCUGCAGAGCUUCCACUAGUGGAAAGCAUAAAGACUACCUAUAAGUUGAAGGCAAAGUAGCACUCCAAGAACACUGGAUUUCUGCUCUUGGUUUGUGAGAGAGGCAACAAAAUGAAGAAGCUAGGAGUGGGUCUGCACUGGAAUAUCUUCGCUGGAAGUGCUUUAAAGCUUAUGGGAAAGGUAAACUGGAAAUGAGGAGACGGGAGAGAGGAGCACUGAUUAAUAGACAAGAGAAAUAGAGCAGGAUGUAUGGAAGAACAGAGGAGGUGUAUGGAUAUCAACUAAUAACAGGAAAAAAAAAGGGGGGAUAACAGCUGAGUGGUGAUAACAGGGCUAGAAUGAAGAAGCUAGAGUACAGGAAUAAAAUAGAAAUAUAGGAAUAGGAGUAAAGCACCUCUUUAUGACUUUUAGAUUGAAAGACAAAUAUUUGUUUUAGAAAGAAUUUAUGAACUCUGAUUAAACUUGAUGAUUUUUGCAAAUGAAUGAUGAUGAUUCAGGGAUAGCAUUUUCUAAUAUGACCUGCAGCUGACAUAGUCCAUUAUGAGAAGGUUGAGCCAUAUUGACAAUACCUGUAUUGUAUUGUGUUCACCUGACUGACCUAAAACCAUGGAAGCAGGCCGUUAUGCUAAAUAAACAAGAAAAUUUGUUCAUAAAAACAAAGGCCAUGUGGAAGAAAAGUAGUUCUCCUCCUGUGCCAUUCACAUCCAGAACUCUGUGCCCCCAACCUUGAACGGACAAACCAUGUGGAGGAGGACAAGGUGAAGCAUCUGAGAGUGAAAUAUCACCUUGGACAAACUGACCCAGCUGCAAUCCAUUGAUGAGCAGCUUUAUAUGCAUUACAAGCUAUGGACAACGAGUCUUCUUCUAGAUGACAAAUAGUAUCAACCCCAUAAGUAAAAUAUCUCAGCACAUGAAACAGAAGUUUGGACUUACCAUUUUUUUCUUUUGUUUCUGAAGAAUAUCUCCAUUUAUUAUCUUUACUUAUAAUUUAUGUGUGUAUGUGAAGAUACUAAUAACACUGUUCCAGUGAUUUCCUAGUAAUAAAUAUCAACUGUCAUCGAGGCUGACAGAUACCACUGAAGAUUAUUUUGAUUAAAAAGUACUGUUAUUCAAAAUCUGCUUUGAAUGUGAUUUGAAAAUUCCCUCUAACUAGUACCUAGAAUGGUUCUGUGUUCCUAAACCCGAGGGGAGUUAAAAUGAUGAUAUCCAUAAUUAUAUAAGAACAGCACAACAGAAGAAAUGUGGCAGUCACUGUCAGUUGUUAGGAAUUGGGUUCUGCUCAUUUAAACAAAGUGUGUAGUUAUGCAGAAUAAUGCAUCUUUUUCUAUGCAGCUUUUUCUAUGCCCAGCUGCUCAUAGCUUAAUUCAGUGCUUAAUUCCAAUUGAAAUAAAUGGGAACUUGAUAUUG